UUUCGUUGGAGUGAUGAUCGUCAUGAUCGUUCAUGAUUGCAGUUAUGUUUAGUGUUUUUAUAGUGAGUGUGUUUAUUUGAUGGUGUUUUAAAAGAUGUCAUGCUGCGAUGGAGACGACGACACUGCCGCAGCAUCCAGAAGCGAAAGAGACGGAACUCGGCGUUGUACUGAUGUUUUAUGGCUGUGCAUGUUCAUUUUAUUUUGGUUUGUUAUGAUUUAUAUUGCUGCUUUUGCAUAUGUAUAUGGAGACCCUUUAAAACUCGUCAAUGGUUAUGACAGUUUUGGUAAUACAUGUGGUAUUUCAAAGAAUGAAAAGUUGGGUGGUCUUGAGUUAUCAGGAUUUGACACAAGUGAUAAACAGUACUUGUUUUAUAUGGAUGUUAAAGAUAUUCAAAAUUCUCUGAAGAUAUGUGUCAAACAGUGUCCUGAUCGUAAUUUGAUAAAUUUUACAAGUAUUCAGGAAUUUUAUAGAAGAACUGGAUCACUUUUGUGCACGUACGAUUUCAAUUUGGACAGUCAAGAAUGGCAGCAUAAUAGUAAAAGUGAAGCACUUCAGACCAAGUUUGGGCCUUGUCCACCAACACCCAUUUAUGAUAGUGUUCCUGUGUUGAAUCGCUGUGUUCCUCGUCCAGUAAAGGAACUAGUAUUUUCAGUAUUAAAUAGUUGGGAUACAGUUGAGCAAGUGUUAGGUGACUUAUAUGCAACAUGGAGAGAAAUUUUGGUGCUCACAUUACUGGCCUUUGUUUUAUCUUUGGUAUUAAUUGCCAUCCUUCACCUGCUUGCUUCUUUUGUGGCAUGGAUAUUUAUGCUAAUUGUCAGCUUCACAGCAGUUGUUGGCACAGGAAUCUUAUGGUGGACAUAUGUGGAUUUAAAGCAUCAGUUGGACAAUACACCAGAAAGUCAGAUGCUGAAGGAGUCGGUUAAAAAUGAGAGUGCAUUCCUGAUUUAUUCCAUCUUGGCCACAAUCAUCACGAUUAUAAUCCUGUUGCUGGUGAUAGCUGUGCGGAAGAGUGUCAGCUCAAUGGCUCGUAUAUUUGAAGAGUCUGCUGAAUGCCUGGCAGCACUGCCAGCACUGUUCCUUCAGCCAUUCAUAACAUUUUUAGCUCUAGUGGCUUUUUUUGCCUUCUGGGUGUCUGUGACAGUUUGUCUGGCAACUUCAAAUUACCCUGGGUCAGAGUUCCUCCAUCCAUUGGUAGACCCAGCAUUGAUUCCAGAUGUUGAUCCUUCACAUUCUUCAGUAUUCAAACUGUCAGUUCCACUGAGUAAUGUCUCCCUAUCAGGACUUAAACGAUUCACAUUCUUUGAGAUGAAACCAUCUUGGGUACGGUAUAUGUGGUGGCUGUACGUGAUAGGUUUGGUUUGGACUUCAGAGUUUAUCCUGUCCUGCCAGCAGAUGGUGAUAGCUGGUGCAGUGGCACAUUGGAUGUUUAACAAUCGGGACAGAGAAAGUGGUUCUGUGAUGUCUUCAAUGGGCAAGCUAGUAUGCUAUCACUUGGGUUCUGUGGCUAAAGGCUCAUUUCUCAUUAUGAUCUUCAAACUUCCAAGGAUUGUCCUUAUGUACAUAGACAGAAAGCUGAGGGAACACAAGAAUGCAGGUUCUGAAUGUGCAUCAUGUGGUAUGAGAGCAUGCAUUUGCUGCUUGUACUGCCUGGAGAAUUUUAUCAAGUUCAUUAACCACAAUGCUUACACUGUAAUAGCAAUGGAAGGCUACAGCUUCUGCACUUCAGCAAAGAUUGCAUUUAAUACUUUAGUCAGUAAUGCACUGGAUUUAGCAGUUCUGAACAGUGUUGGUGACUUCAUCCUAUUUCUGGGAAAGUGUCUUGUUACAGCAGCUACUGGCUCUAUUGGAUUGGUUAUUAUGAAACAGAACUCUCAUUUGCAUUUUUAUGCAAUCCCAACCCUCGUUGUGUGUAUAUUUUCAUACUUCAUAGCCCACUCAGUGCUUUCAUUGUAUGAGAUUGUGAUAGACACAAUGUUCCUAUGCAUGUGUGAAGGCAAGAAACUGUAUGGCAGCGAAUGGGGUGAACAUUCUGGCAGAAGGGUGGAAACAAAUGGUAAUAAUGGAAGUGAAUUGGAGCCCAUGAACAAUUUGAGAUAAGUUAUCAUUCUGAACUGCUACCAUAAUUUACCUUAUGCCUGACAGUCACAUUUUCCUUGCUUAGGGAUGAAUUCUGUGAUAAAUGUGGUAAAAAUGUUAUGUGUGGUACUGUUUGUGGUCAAGUAAGGAAAGCAGCUUGCAGGCAAGAAUGAUUGUGUCAUACUAUGCAUAACUUCAUUAGCUUCAGGAGCUACAUUUCUAUUGCGCUCUGACAUUUCAUCCUCUAUCUCAUCCUGUAUGUAUUGCAUUCCCAGUUCUUCGUUCAGUUAUACUGCUUGUAGUGUACAUGCUAACUAAAAUCUUCAUUAUUGAAAGGAACUCAUUUUAUUGUUAGAUCUAACAAGUUAACCAUCUGAUGGUUCAUAUUUGGAGGCCCCAGGUAUAAUUCCUGCCCAGAGGUUGGCUGCCUUAAGGAUUUUAUAGGUUUCCUCACUGCUUCCAGACAAAUUGUGGAAUAAAAACUUAAAAUAGGCCAGAAGUGCUUCCUUCACAGCCUCAUGAAUUUAUAUUACAUAUUAUCUUCCUACUAAUUCAGGAGCUAUUUCAAGGAAGUAGUGGCUCCAGUCUAGAAAACC